AUGGAGAUAAAGGACCGGGUGACCAUAGAGAAGCCCGCUGCUAUGAAAAGUUCCGCCAAAAGCCGAAACAAAAACAAGUACUGCCAUUUUCAUGAGGAUAUUGGCCACGACUCAAACGACUGCUAUAGUCUCAAGCGACUGUUGGACCGUGUGGCUGAUAAGGGGGUGCUGAAGUCUUACAUCCUUAAGUCUAAGGUGACCCUGAAGACAAACCCCAUACAGUCGUCCAAGAAGGAUGCCCAACCUGCUAGUAGUUCGGACACUGACAAAGAACUGAUCUACACAAUAGCAGGCGGCUUUGCUGAAGGGGGCCCAACCAUUAGAGGCACCAAGGACCAUGUCAGACGGCUGGAUAUCAGUUCAGUUGAUGAGGGCCAAGCGUCUAUUGACACUUUCCCUAAGGUCGUCAUCACUAAAAAGGAUAGGGGCAAGGUCCGCCGACCUCAUGAUGACCCCAUUGUCAUGGAGUACAAAGUGGCCAACCAGAAUAAGGUCGGCCAGAUCCUCAUUGACACCGAAAGCUCGUCUGACAUCAUCAGCUACAAGUGCUUGUCAAAGCUGAAGUACAAGCCCGACAGCAUUCACAAGGUGUCUCACACCUUGGUUGGUUUUGGGGGUGGGGUUGUGCACCCGGUCGGACUGAUUGACCUACCCAUUCGGCUGGGGGAGAAAGGAGAUGGACGCCACAUGGUUGUCCAGUUCUCGGUCGUAGAGGAGCUGAUUGCCUAUAAUCUAAUAUUGGGUCGUCCGACUCUGAACGAAUCCAAGGCCGUCAUUAUUCCAUCCCUCAUGCUGCUGAAAUUUGAGAAGGAUGAUGGGUUUAUUGGCUCCCUGAACGGGGAUUAG